AUUGCGUUGCAGAGCAGCAGCAGCGCAGCAUCGGCAGCAGCAAAUUCCGGCUUUUGUUUUGCAAAUUGGCGUUUGCAUUUUUUGUUGUUAAACACUUAAAUCAAUAAUUUAAACAAGAUGCAAGAGUGUCCCUACGGCGAGAAAUGUUACCGCAAGAAUCCCAUACACUUUGGCGAAUAUUCACAUCCGCAUCUGGAUGCAAUUUAUGCCCAGGGCACCAAGUCGAGCAGCAAUCAAUAUGAUAUACCCGCCAAGUAUUCCAGUGAGCUGAUAAAUAUACAGCUUAAACUGCUGGAGAAACUGUUCCCCCAGCCGGCUGGCAAAACAGAUGAUGCUGCUCAUGCAUCCAUGCCGACAGCAGAUGCUGUUGUUCCUGCUGCAAAACCAGUGAAAAAGCAACCACCUGUAGCUGCAUCCAACAGCACAGCCAGCACUAGCCGAGAUGCAGCAGCAGCAGCAGAAGCAGUAAUUGCUGAAAAAGACACCUCAAAUCUGGCCAAGAAACAAAAGUUAAAUGCACGCAACAUACGCGACUACAUUCCCGUUGUGAUGGAAAGGGGCAAAAUGGCACAGAAAUUGGAGCGUGCAGCGCCCUAUAAUAUGUUCCUUACGGCCAUCACAGACUCGAAGGCGACGCACGGGGAGCCAUUGAGUGUCACAUUGCAGGAGAUACUUGAUGAGAGUCUCGGCGAGAUUGAGUCGACUGUUCAAAUCAAUUUUAUGAUCGACAUUGGCUGGCUGCUGGGUCACUAUUAUUUUGCGGGCAUUCUUGACAAACCCCUGCUUGUGCUCUACGGCGAUGAAUCGCCGGAGCUGUUAGGCAUCGGCAAAUUCAAGCCACAGGUUACAGCCGUUAGGGUGAAAAUGCCAACACCGUUUGCCACAUCGCACACAAAAAUGAUGCUGCUCGGCUAUGCGGAUGGCUCGAUGCGAGUUGUCAUCUCCACAGCGAAUUUGUACGAGGACGAUUGGCAUAAUCGCACCCAGGGCUUAUGGAUUAGCCCGCGGUUGCCCGCUCUGGCCGAGGACGCGGACACAGCAGCAGGCGAGAGUGCCACUGGCUUCAAGCAGGAUCUAAUGCUGUAUCUGGUCGAGUACAAGUUGUCACAGCUCCAGCCUUGGAUUGCACGCAUACGCAAAAGUGAUUUCAGUGCCGUUAAUGUCUUCUUAAUUGGCUCCGUACCUGGUGGUCAUCGGGAGGGCGCUGUGCGUGGUCAUCCCUGGGGCUGUGCACGUCUUGGUUCGUUGCUGGCCAAGCAUGCGACGCCCGUGGAGGAUCGCAUUCCAGUUGUGUGUCAGAGUUCCAGUAUUGGCAGUCUGGGCGCCAAUGUGCAAGCCUGGAUACAGCAGGAUUUUGUCAGCAAUUUACGCAAGGAUUCGACACCGUUGGGCCGGCUGCGUCAAUUGCCACCAUUUAAAAUGAUCUAUCCGAGCUUUGGCAAUGUGUCGCGCAGUCACGACGGCAUGUUGGGCGGCGGUUGUCUGCCCUAUGGCCGCAACACAAACGACAAACAGCCGUGGCUCAAAGCACACCUGCAGCAAUGGAAAUCCGGGGAUCGCCAUCGGUCACAGGCCAUGCCGCACAUUAAGAGCUAUACACGUUUCAAUCUGGAGGAACAGUGCAUCUAUUGGUUUGUGUUGACCUCGGCGAAUCUAUCGAAGGCCGCCUGGGGCUCAUUUAACAAGAAUCCGAAUAUUCAGCCAUGUUUGCGCAUUGCCAACUACGAAGCAGGCGUCCUCUUCCUGCCCAGAUUUGUGACUGGCGAGGAGACUUUUCCCCUGGGUAAUUCACGGAAUGGUGUUCCAGCUUUUCCCUUGCCGUACGAUGUACCAUUGACUCCAUAUGGAGCUGAUGAUAAGCCCUUCCUAAUGGAUUAUCUGCAGGGUUGAAUAACAUUAAAUAUAUUGUGUUCAUUAAAUCCACUUACAUCAUA